UUGCUAGAAUUCAAAGUUUGUUUACACGUGCUCCCCUACAGUGCAGAAAGAUUAGGAAUAAAGCGCCAAAUCUGAAAACACGGACAGGAAGAAACACCCAUACGUGAAUGUUGUUGAUGUGGUCUAUAUAACUACUGCUCGUCUAUCCAGAAUACUUCAUGUCUUAAGUGGUCCGGUUCAGUCUUCAGAUGAACAUGAUGCUCAGUCAGGAUCAGGUGUCCUUCAUAGGACUGGCGUUUGAGACUUAUGUGAUGGAGAACCACAAGAAUGACAUCCUACAGAUCUUCCAGGAGGCCAGUGAAGAUGCUCACUAUCCUGUUAUAGUGAAUGCCAUGACCUUAUUCGAGGACAAUAUGGAGGUUGGAGAGUGUUUCAAUGCGUUCCCCAGCCAGGUGCUGCCUAUAUUUGACAAUGCCCUGCACAGAGUAGCCCAGACCAUAUCUCAGUCUUCUUCCUCACCGGCAGGAGAGUUCAAACUCAAACACAAUCUGCAUGUUCGUAUAUCAGGUUUACCUAUGUGUCCCGAGCUGACCAGAGAUCACAUUCCUAAAGCUAGAGACGUGGGUCACUUCCUGUCCGUCACGGGCACGGUCAUCCGCACCAGUGUGACUAAAGUGCUGGAGUUUGAGAGAGAUUACAUGUGCAAUAAAUGCAGGCACGUGUUCUCCGUGCAAGCCUCUUUUGAGCAGUUUUACACCUUCACUCCACCCACCAGCUGCCCCAGUGAGGAUGGAUGUAAUUCUUUCAAAUUCACCUGCCUGUCAGGAAGUGACGCCCCUCCGGCCGCCUGCAAGGACUACCAGGAGAUCAAAAUCCAAGAGCAGGUACAGAAACUGUCAGUGGGCAGUAUUCCUCGAUCUAUGCUCAUCAUCUUGGAGGACGAUCUUGUGGACAGCUGCAAAUCAGGCGAUGACAUCACAGUGUAUGGAGUUGUGUGUCAGCGCUGGAAGCCGAUGUUUCUGGAUUGCCGCUGUGAUGUAGAGAUUGUGCUGAAAGCAAACUACAUCGAGGUCAACAAUGAGCAGUCCACCACAGCACUGGUGCUGGAAGACAUCCAGAAGGAGUUUGAAGAUUUCUGGGACAGUCACAAACAUGACCCCAUUGCUGGCAGGAAUGAGAUCUUGAUGAGUCUCUGCCCUCAGGUGUUCGGCAUGUAUGUUGUCAAGCUGGCUGUUGCUAUGGUUUUGGCAGGUGGGGUACAGAGAAUAGAUGCAUCUGGAACCAAGGUGAGAGGAGAGUCUCAUCUGUUGCUUGUGGGCGAUCCAGGCACUGGGAAGUCACAGUUUCUGAAGUAUGCGGCUAAGAUUACACCACGCUCUGUGCUCACUGCAGGAAUCGGAUCUACUAAUGCAGGUCUGACAGUGGCGGCUGUUAAGGACUCUGGAGAGUGGCAUCUGGAGGCAGGAGCCCUUGUUCUCUCUGAUGGAGGUCUGUGCUGCAUCGAUGAAUUCAACAGCAUCAAAGAACAUGACCGCACCAGCAUCCACGAGGCCAUGGAGCAACAAACCAUCAGCGUGGCCAAAGCCGGAAUGGUGUGUAAACUGGACACAAGGACUACCAUCCUGGCAGCUACAAACCCAAAGGGGCAGUAUGACCCAAAUGUGUCAGUUUCUGUGAACGUGGCCCUCGCCAGCCCCCUCCUGAGCCGCUUUGACCUCGUGCUGGUUCUGCUGGAUACUAAAAACCCAGAAUGGGACAAAAUAAUCUCCUCAUUUAUCCUGCAGAACAAAGGAGCGCCGAGUGAGUCUUCAUGUUUAUGGAGUAUGGAGAAGAUGAGGGCCUAUUUCUGUCUGAUCAAAACGCUUAAGCCUUGUAUAACACAGGAAGCAAAUACCAUCCUGAGCCGCUACUAUCAGCUGCAGAGACAGAGCGACAGCCGUAACGCCGCCCGGACGACCAUCCGCAUGCUGGAGAGUCUCAGCCGCCUCGCUGAGGCUCAUGCCAGGCUGAUGUUCAGAGAGACAGUGACAGUAGAGGACGCUGUUGUGGUGGUAUCUGUUAUGGAGUGCUCCAUGCAGGGAGGCGCUCUACUUGGAAAUGUGAAUGCUCUACACACCUCUUUUCCUGACGACCCCUGUGAACAGUAUAAAACACAGUGUGAGAUUGUGCUUGAGAGGCUGGGAUUGACUGAUACCCUACAGAAAGAACUCCAAAGACUUUCAAGGCUAAAUAGCAGAAGACCGGACUCCCCUAAAGGGACCGGACCAUGUAGUGACCACACCAGCGAGCGUCCAACUGGUCAGAAUCACAGUAAUGGUGAGGUGACCACUGAUUCAGACCCCAGCUUGGACUGGGUUCCACUCCUUAUCCAGCCUCGAACUGGAGCCGGCUCCGUCGUUCACACCUCCCCCGUCAUUACCUCCACACAGAACACCAACACCACACUGGGCGGCACGGCGGUGUUGCCUAGCAACAGCCAUUACCCAUACGCCGCAAGGGUUCUUACACCCCAAAACGGGGAAGAAGAAACCCUCAAAAAAGAAAAAAACACAACCAUUAGUCCUCCUGACAUCAGAGCCGAGAGCGGAGAGGAUUUACGCAGCAAACUCACAAACUUCACAUUCAAGCCCAGAGAGAGAAUAACUCAUGCCGAUCAGUCGGUUGUGAAAGAGAGUGCCAAAGUGGCAGUGCAUGAGGGGGCGAAACCUACCACGUCUCAGAUGCCAGAAACACGGGCCGAAAGUGGGAAUCGGUCAAGCUCACAUCAUCCAGCAGAGGGCAGCAGAGCUAAUGAGAAACCCUGGCUCAGGAAAGAAACAUCUGAGGACAUUGAACCUCAACAACAGCUGCUGUCCAGACUCAACAGCCUCACUCCAGGUGAGAAUAAUGGCAACACUAAUAAACACCCACAAUCCCCACCAAGGACAGACCACCCAAAGGUGAAGGUGGCCAGUUCAAACUCGCCCACACUCUCUAGAUUCUCUUUUACGGGCUCAUCUGAAGAAAACACUGGUGAUAAAACAGUCCCAGCUACAAACAGCAGCACAAACAAAGGGCCAGCAAACCCACUUUCUGAAGACCAGGAGAACACAAACAAAGCACACGGACCAGGAAAAAAUAUAACCAUAGAUGCGAAGGUCACCACAAUGCAGACAGGCAACAUGAGGACAGAGCCCUCCGACAGACAGGAAGAAGCCGGAGAGAACGCUACAAAGAAGAGGAGAUGUUUUGAGUUGGGCUCGGGAGGCCCUGCAGGACUCCUCAAAGGUUUUUCACUGUUCAUAGACGAUGAAGAUCUAGAUGCUGACUGGAUCUGAUGCAGCAGGAGACGUUUGUCAUGUGUAUUAGCAGUAUAUCUAUUUUUUGUGUUUAUUUGUCCAUUUAAAUGCAGUGUGAUGUGUUUUAAUGGCUGAAAAGAUUCUGAUGUCACUCUAAAAAGAGUCUCUAUUUGCCCUUUUGUUUUCGUUAAGUAAAUAUCAGUUACAUUUUUAUGUCUGGUUUUGUUUUCUCAGUAACUCAAAUUAUAUAGUUACAUUCAUUUUUAUCCAAACCCCUUGCAGUUUUUUUUACAUGCAAGGUUACAUACCUUUGUUAUUUUUUUUUUUUUUUAAAGUUAUGUUUGUUUUUAAAUGUUUUUAUGGAAGCCCGUUUCUGC